AUGAGGCGUAAUAAGGAAUUGCAGAAACCUGAAGCUGAAUCAGAGGCAACUUCAAGUAAACAGAAAAACAUCAAGAAGAAAAAGAAGUCAAAUGAUGUUGAAGUUGUGUCUUACACUGAAACUUAUCCUCAGAUUACAGAGCCGCUUCGUUGGACUUUGGCAUCAGCCUCUCUGAAGAAAACUGCUGCCAGUAAACUAAACCAGGGAUCGUCAAAGAAACGGAAAACUAUUUAUAGUUCAGACAGUGAAGAUGAAGAUGCCGCUUUGGAAAGUGCACGACCACAAGCAACAUCUGAAACAACUGGAUCAGUUUCGCCUCCUAGCUCAACCUGUCGAACCAGUGACAAACCCUCCACUUCUCACUCUUCAAACGGAUCAAUGGAUAGAUUUGUUGUAUCUACUUCUGAACGGUUAAAGGUGAAGUUUGAUAAAGCUUUAGCCAGAGCACCACCUAGUCGGCAUCAGAUUGGUACUCCUCUCCUCAACCAGGAGUAUGAUGGUGUAAUGGUAUCUGCAAAAAAGAAAAUAAAAGCAGCUCCUUGUAUAGCUAUAAUCUCUGAUGGUUGGACUAAUAACAGAAAUGAGAGUUUGAUAAAUUUCCUAUUGACUACACCUUUGCCAGUCUUUUUUAAAAGUAUAACUCCUGGUAAAGAUAAAGAAACGGCAUCUUACAUUGGUAAAGAAAUCAUAAAUGUUAUUGAUGAGGUAGUUAGUGAUGGAACAGAUGUGAAAUUAAUUUUUAUUGUAAUAACUGAUAAUGCUGCCAACAUGAGAGCUGCAUGGGACAUAGUGAGAGAAAAAUAUCCCCACAUUGUCUGUAUUGGUUGCCCUGCUCAUAUGUUAAAUCUUUUACUAGGUGAUAUCAUGAAAGUUGACUCUCUAAAAGAACUGCGUUGUAAUGUGAAAAAAGUUAUCAAACAGUUCAAGAAUCACCAUGUUCUAGGGGCAUUUUUUAAAGCCGAGCAAAAAUCCACUGUAAUAGAAGAGGAACUUGCCAUUGACAGUACAGUGAGAGAGUUAGUUCUUGACAAUGCAGGGUUUUGGGUCUCUGUAACUGACUGUUACAAUUUGUUAGUUCCUAUUGCAAAAGCAAUAUCUCAUGUUGAAAGUGAUACUGCUCUUCUGUCUGAUUUGCCAUUUCUAACAAAAAAAGUUAGUCAUGAUAUUGAAGAAGUAUUAGCAACCUUCUCAUUGCUAACAGGUGAAGAGAAAACAGUAGUUAACUCAGCUGUGGUAGACAGAAUGUAUAAAUGCUGUUUUAAUGUACAUUUUGCUGCUAAUUUGUUGCAUCCAAUGAGAAUGGGGAAAGAUUUGGACCAAACGGAGAAGCAAGACGCUAUCCGCUUCAUUAGUGAACAGUGUAUACAUCUUGAACUCAACAAGGGAGAAGUGCUUGGCAAUCUGGCUGCAUUUAGGACCAAAACUGGUUCUUUUGGUGAUGAAAAUAUUUGGGAAGCUGCUGCCCACACCACCCCUGCUACAUGCUCUGUUCAUACAAAGACCAAAAAUAGGAUUUUGAAAGAAAGGGCCCAGAAGCAAGUUGCCAUUAAAAGCAACAUGCGCUUCAGCUCAAAUGGAAUUCAUGAACCUCCAAAGAAAAAAGCCAAAAAUCCAUUUGGAACUUAUGAUGUGAACUCUAACAUAGAAAAUGUUGAUGAUGUUGUAGAUAGAGUGGGAUGA